UGGGGACGGAGGCCGCGAGGGGUGGGGCCCGUCGGGUACGCGCUCGCUGCGUCUACGUGCUGACGCUGUGACGCCCCUGCCGGUGUGUGUCGGUGUGUGUCGGGGUGUGUGUGUGUGAGUGUGCGCGCUCUGAGUGUGUGUGUAUUUGUGUAUCGGCGGUCCCGCAGGUCCCGGAUGUUGCGGACACUAUGAAGCGAGCGCAGGGGUACGGGAACCAGCAGCUGUCGCCGCCGCUCUCAGCAGGUAAUUUGUAGAGGGAUGACUCUGGCACCAAUACUGUUACACUUCUCAGUCUUUCACCUAAUGACGAUGAUCCUUGUCUAAAUCAGCUAUUUCUUUGGUUGUUGCAAAAUGGACCUGCCAUGCUGCUGUUUACUGUGGUGGCUGCACCAUUUUACAUUCCUACCAGCAGUGCACAGGGGUUCCAAUUUCUGUACAUCCUUGCCAACAUGUGCUAUUUUCUGUUUUUAUUUGAGAGUAACCAUCCUAACAGAGAUUUCCUGUUAGACAAGACAAAUUAGAGUCUUCCUACUGACUUUACUUGGGUGAAGAGAGAACAGAGAUCUUUGUUGCCUGACCUUGGAAGUCUUGUUUAACCUUCAAACUGGCGAUGUCAAGGGUUCCAAGUCCUCCACCUCCGGCAGAAAUGUCGAGUGGCCCUGUAGCUGAGAGCUGGUGCUACACACAGAUCAAGGUAGUGAAAUUCUCCUACAUGUGGACCAUCAAUAACUUUAGUUUUUGCCGAGAGGAAAUGGGUGAAGUCAUUAAAAGUUCAACCUUUUCAUCAGGAGCCAAUGAUAAACUGAAAUGGUGUUUGCGAGUAAACCCAAAAGGGCUAGAUGAAGAAAGCAAAGAUUACCUGUCACUUUACCUGUUACUGGUCAGCUGUCCAAAGAGUGAAGUUCGGGCAAAAUUCAAAUUCUCCAUCCUGAAUGCCAAGGGAGAAGAAACCAAAGCGAUGGAGAGUCAACGGGCAUAUAGGUUUGUACAAGGCAAAGACUGGGGAUUCAAAAAAUUCAUCCGUAGAGACUUUCUCUUGGAUGAGGCCAACGGUCUUCUUCCUGAUGACAAGCUUACCCUUUUCUGCGAGGUGAGUGUGGUGCAAGAUUCCGUCAACAUUUCUGGCCAGAAUACCAUGAAUAUGGUGAAGGUUCCUGAGUGCCGGUUGGCAGAUGAGUUAGGAGGACUCUGGGAGAAUUCCCGGUUUACAGACUGUUGUUUGUGUGUUGCUGGCCAGGAAUUCCAGGCUCACAAAGCUAUCUUAGCAGCCCGUUCUCCAGUUUUUAGUGCCAUGUUUGAACAUGAAAUGGAGGAGAGCAAAAAGAAUCGGGUUGAAAUCAACGAUGUGGAGCCUGAAGUUUUUAAGGAAAUGAUGUGCUUCAUUUACACCGGGAAGGCUCCGAACCUCGACAAAAUGGCUGACGAUUUGCUGGCAGCUGCUGACAAGUAUGCCCUGGAGCGCUUAAAGGUCAUGUGUGAAGACGCCCUCUGCAGUAACCUCUCUGUGGAGAACGCUGCAGAAAUUCUCAUCUUGGCUGACCUGCACAGCGCAGAUCAAUUGAAAACUCAGGCAGUGGAUUUCAUCAACUAUCAUGCUUCGGACGUCUUGGAGACCUCUGGGUGGAAGUCAAUGGUGGUCUCACAUCCCCACUUGGUGGCUGAGGCAUACCGCUCUCUGGCUUCAGCACAGUGCCCUUUUCUGGGACCCCCGCGCAAGCGCCUGAAGCAGUCCUAAGAUCCUGCCUGUUGUAAGACUCCGUUUAUUUUCUAGAAGAGGCAGCCACCGUUGCUGCCACUGUCUACCAGGUAGACAGCGCGAUCUGUGGAGCUUUCACUCUGUUGUGGGGGGAAAAGACUGCACCGUGGCCCCAGACUUUUAAACAGCACUAAAUAAACUUGGGGGAACGGGGGGAGGGAAGGGCCCGGGACUUGGGGCUGUUCAACCCAAUGAAAACCCUGUUGCUGCGUCACUGUGUUCCCUUUGGCCUGGCCGAGAGUUUGAUACUGUGGGGAUUCAGCUUAGGCGCUGGCCCUGAGGACAUUCCAGCGGUGGUACUUCAGAGAAACGUGUCUGCAUUUGACUGAGCAGAACAAAUCAUCAGGCGCCUGGAGCAAAAAGGAAAAAAAAAUAGUUUUAAGAGAAGGGAAAAAGGAAAGAAGAAAGGAUUUUUGCAGAAUUUCUCAAAAAUCAGUUUGUGGAUUCCAGUAGUAUUUAUGUUGAGAGAAAUUUUAGUCCAAUCAACUGUGCUAAAACUUGCAUAUUUAUGCAAACUCCUCACCACCAUACAAGUAUCUGAAGAGCAGCUCUCUUGUUAGCACUUACUGUUUGCAAGAACAGAAUACAUCCUUUUAUGAAAAAUGAAGUAAAGGCGAAAGGGGAAGGAGGUUAUUUGAUCUGGAAGAUGAGUGUUCUGAUAUGGUGGCUUUUGCAAAAAAUCUUUAUUGGUGUGGAAAACUGGAAAGAAUAAUUCAUCCAGAAUUCAUACUGUCUUGACAAGAACUAUGGUUCUCUGUUUUUAGAUAUUGUGGAAAAUGUUUUUUUGGCAUUUUUCUCUGAUUUUAUUUCUCCUCCCUCCCUGCCUUUUCUAAAAAAACAAAAACAGAACAAAAAGAAGAGAAAAGGAAAUUUUAUUAUUAAUGCUGUCUGAAAAAAAUCCCAGCCCAGAUUGCUCAACUGUUUGUACCUGACUUGCCACCUGCAGAGGAGCCAGUCCUGUUCCUUCCAAUUUGCCCCUUUCCUACAAGGGAGAACUUCCAAAUGUUAAAUUUUUUUCUUUUUGAAAAUAUAAAUAAUUACUAUUUUGUACUGUGUGGUAUCUCUGGUCUUUUGUUUCACUCACCUGGCUUAUCUUUAGGUCUGAGUUCCUUGAGGGAUUUUUGAAGGCCUGGUUUGAUCCUUCAGCUUGCAGAGAUUAUGUUUGAAACGUCUAAGCAGUAGGGAUUUAUUGUAUCUCCCUAAUCUCAAAUUUCCUUUGUGAGCUACCAGCGUCUGCCUGUCUCCUGUCCUGGAGUAUCUCACAGUCCACGUUCUCAUGAGGGACCAGGCUCCUGCCUCUGCCAAGGCAGGUAAUGGAAGUGGGCUUUUCUGCACCCUACAUGUUUUAAGACCAAAUUCCCAAUCUCUCUUAGCUCAAUAUAAAGAGAUCAAGGGGACAUGAAUGUGGAGAUUAAAUAAAGGGAAAUUACUGUCUCUUGA